AUGGUGAAGAGGAGGCGACAGGAGCCUGUGAACUGGAAAUUGUUAAAGCAUCAGAAGAAUUACGGAUGGAAGUGGGAAGAGACUGGACAAGGGGAGAAAAAAAUCGAGUCAAGAACCUUUGCUCUGUUCCAGGUAGAUCCCAGUAAGGAAAGACAUUGGCUGCAUGUGCUCGCAGAUGGCUGUCGGCUUGCCUUGCUGUGGAAGUAUGGGGGCAUCUAUCUGGACACGGAUAUCAUUUCACUCAAACCCUUGAAGUUCCAAAACUUCCUCUGUGAACAAUCAAGUAAUUACGCUAAUAAUGCAGCUUUGGGAUUUAACCGCUCUCAUUCUUUUGUCAAGAUGUGCUUAAAAGAUUUUGUUGACAAAUACAAUGGAGCAGCUUGGGGCCAUCAGGGACCUACCUUGAUGACCCGGAUGUUGAAGAAAUGGUGCGGUACUGAUAAUCUCAAUAACGUCCUCAACAAAGAUUGCAAAGGGAUUGUGUUCUUGUCCAGCAACUGGUUCUACCCAGUUCCGUAUCCAAAUUGGGGAAGGUACUUUCAAAAAAAUAAAUGGAAUAAGAACAAUGAUACUAUCGAAAAUGAAUUCUCAAAGACCAAUGGAGUGCAUAUCUGGAAUUAUAUGAUUGGUCAUCGGAAAGUUGAAAUCAAAGGUAGUCGAUCGAUAAUAGAAUACUUCUUCAGUGAAUACUGUCCAAGCACCUAUAAAUCUAUUCCAUUACAGAAAGAAAAACCAGCAAAAAAAUAGUCACAUCAUCAAUGAACAUCCCAGUCAUACUGAUCCUCCAUGUUAAAGUGUACAAGGCAGGUCAGAACAGGAUGACUCUUGGACCAGUUUUGGUGGUUUUUCUUUCUGGGAUAUGUUAACCAGCAUUUUUACACUGAUUGUUAAUCAUUACAAAUGUCACUGCUAAGCAAAUCAAUCACUGUGGCUGAUAAAUGGAGUCUCACUUGGCCCCAUCUCAUUGUAUGUUCACUGGGAUCUUGCUGCUGUGUGCGAGACUGCUGAGUCAUGGUAAGGAUUGGGUUUCUGUUUUACUUGCUGCCUUGGGUGACAGGAGGAAAGAUGUAGAGGGAGAAAUGGGGUCUGGGAAAAGACAGAUGCUGUUUCCCUUUUGACCAUCAGACAUUUCUCCAACAAGCUGGAGAUUAAUCCAACCACUGGCCCAGGUCUCAUACUCCCUUUCCCUCUUAUCACCCAGCCUCUAGUUUCUGCCCAGAGGUAAUUCACGCUGUAAAGGAGCUGUCCUGUCUGAGCUGGACUCUGUACAUACAAGCCUGAAGGAUCUCAGGCGCACCCUCCUCCUCCCACCCCCCGCCAAUAAUUGUUCUGCUCCUCAUUAAUAAACCAGUCAGCAGUGGCCUGGGGGACUGCAAAACUUCUCAAUCCCAAAAUUGGAAUGUCAAAGCAAUCUCUCUGUCUGUCAGAAUUCCUGCCCAUCACUUUCCAGCAUCUGUAACAGAUUCUGCAGGUGUCAUGGGACACAGGAAAUGGGAAUCCAAUCUUCUGCAUCUCUGAACUCAGGGCUUAGUCUUCUCUUGAAUAAUACAUGGUGUUACUUUCUGCUCAGUAAGCACUGUGAUUACUUUAAUCGAAUCAGGGACAGUUAAACUUUGACCCUAAAUCAUUCUACUUUAAGAACUCAGGGACAUUCCUGCAAACCUGUCUCUUGAUGGAAUUCCACAACCAUUGUGUUCCUGAUCACUCCGUCUCUGUUUAUUGACUGUGACAGGGAUUUGUGGAAUGUGGGGUUUAAUGUUGGUGAUUCUGCCUGCAUGAACAAUAAGGUUAUACCUGACACUGAAAUUGGGAUCUGAAAGUCGCUUUGAUCUGAAAGAUUCAAAACGACACACAUAUUUCUGGAUCAGAGAUAGUAGGAACUGCAGAUGCUGGAGAAUCCGAGACAACAAGG